CCCCCCCCCGCCGCGUGUAUGUGGGGGGAUGCAUGUGGGGAGUGGGGCUGGGUCACGUGCUCACCCCCCCACUUUGUCUGCCCCCCCUUGCAGGAGCCAGGAUGGAGGCCACGGAGCCGCCCUUCCCGUGCCCCGAGUGCGGGCGCCACUUCGCGGCGCGCUCGGGGCUGGGCCGGCACCGGCGGGUGCACACGGGCGCCCGGCCCUACCCCUGCCCCCGCUGCGGGCGCCGCUUUCGCCAGAAGGGCCACCUCGCCCGCCACGGCCGCGUCCACCAGGACGUCCACGACGAGGACCGCGCCGGCGACGGGGACGCGCGCGCGCCGGACGCCCCCGGGGACCCGCCGGGCCCCCGCGCCGCCCCCGCCCGCCCCCGCCACGCGUGCGGGGCGUGCGGGAAGAGCUUCACGAAGCGGCACUCGCUGCGCCAGCACCUGCGGGCCCACGCCGGGGAGAAGCCGCACGGCUGCCCCGACUGCCCCAAGCGCUUCCUGGCCAGCUCGGCGCUGGUGCAGCACCGGCGGGUGCACACGGGCGAGACGCCCUACCGCUGCGGGGACUGCGGGCGCGCCUUCAGCCAGCGCUCGGUGCUCACCACCCACCGGCGCCUGCACACCGGGGAGCGCCCCUACCGCUGCGGCGACUGCGGGCGCGGCUUCACGCAGAGCUCGGCGCUCACCCAGCACCGGCGGGCGCACACGGGCGAGUCCCCCUACGCCUGCGGGCAGUGCGGGCGCGGCUUCAGCGGCGCCUCCGCGCUCACCCGGCACCGGCGCACGCACACGGGCGAGCGCCCCUUCCCCUGCCCCCAGUGCCCCAAGGCCUUCAAGCAGAGCUCCACGCUGGCGCAGCAUCUGCGCACGCACACCCGCGAGCGCCCCUUCGCCUGCGCCCGCUGCCCCAAGGCCUUCAGCCAGCGAGCGGCGCUGGCCAAGCACCAGCGGGUCCACGCGCGGGACGGCGGCGAGGCGGGCGGGCGGGAGGUGGCCGUGGGCACGCGGUUCUACCGCGACGCCUUUGUGCGGGCCGAGGACGUCGUGGCGCUGCCCCCGGGCACCUGGGAGCUGAAGGGGGAGCCGGGGACGCCCUCGCCUCCCCCGCCGGACAUCAAGGAGGAGCCGGCAUCGCCCCUGCCUGUCGCCGCCGAGGCCCCGUGGGUCAAGGAGGAGCCGUCGCCGCUGCCCCGCAAGGUGAAAGAGGAGCCGGAGUGACCGCAGCGGGCAGCCUGCUCCCGGGCAUCAAGCCUGGCUAAAGUCGUGGAGCCUCAGGCUUUCUCGGCCGUCGUGGCGGUGGUGAGAGCGGCCGUGGCGGUGAUGGUGGCAGCAGUGGUGGCCAUGACGUGGCGGUAGUGAUGGCAUCCAUGACACGUUGACCAGAGGCGGCUGGGACCGUGACAGCGAGUCCGAGUUGGGGGCCAAGAGGGAUGGACCUGUUUCUUGUGGACUGUCCGUAAGGUUUAAUUUACGGGCACUUGGCAACAGCCGAGGGAGAAAGCCAGGAGCACCUGAGUGGCUGCUGUUACCGACUCCCAGCUGGAGCAGAGAGCAGCGGGAUGGACACCCAAGGAAGCUUUGAACUGUCCUGCACUGGAGCAGUUCAACAAGAGGGCCUCAUGUCUUGAGGCAUCUCCUAUUUUACUCCAGGCUCUGGACAUCGCAUCCUAUUCUAGGAAAGAUGCCAAAGAACGCAAGGUUCACCCCUUCAGACUGUGUCGCUGCGUUUGGCAAGGAUACAUUUCACACCGACAGGACUGCUGUUCUGUACUGAGUGCAGCAGGGCUAUGGAUCACACUCGAAAGUAGGUGAUGGCGGAGCACAUUGGAAGUGCUAAGCACAAACAAUGAGAAGGGACUAAGAGAAGAUGCUGAAACAGCAGGGCCAUCAACAUCAGUAAAGAAACGGUGCACUGGGACUGCAGCAUUUGAGUGCAGUACAGUUGCCAAAGUCCACUGUGACACCCUCGUCGUGGAUUUUGUUCGAAUGCGUUUAAGCACUGACUUGCCUCUGCAUAAAAUGGAUUUAUCUGUU